AUGAUGGUCAUCGGCCUGUGGGCGAGCGGAGAGCAGAGUGCCCAGCGCGCCGCGCUCGACCUCCACAGGACGCUGGACUUGGCCAUCCACCAACAAAGAGAAGUAUGGGAUGCUUCCAUUGCAGAAGACGCCGGCAGCACCUGUUCCUGGCCAAUCCCCACGUACCAGGCGAUCCUAUUGCACGUUAUGUUCGCCAUAAUGCAUCAAGGCGGUUCCUCCGUGGGGUUUGACCUAAAGAUUGCUCUCCCCCCUGCUGAUAGCCAACUCCUAGACUCCCUUGUAAGGAGUUGCAAGCGACUAGGCAUGUUCUACUAUCCAAACAUCCUUGCUCAGCAUCUUCCAGGGUCGAUGGUUGAAAUUGCCUGGGUUGACAUCGAGGAGACAAAAAGAUUUAACCUGACCCUUUACAAAGUCCACAAGAUGCUGAGCAGGCGAGAAACAGGGCUUUGUCUUGCAGGUGACACAGUGGCCGAAACAUCAAGCGGAGGCCUCGCUGCGAUCGAUCUACAGUUCCCAAUACCCGCGAAUGACCAAUUAUGGAACGCCACGAACAAAGAAGAAUGGAUGUCUGCGCCCCAAAAGGCGGUCUAUUUCACGUUGGAUGACGCCAGGGAAGACGAAUGGAUCUCCAAGUCGGCAGAACUUGUUGGACUAUUGGCCUAG